CGUUUGUUUACCGUUCGAUGCGUCGCUCCGGUGCGUGUCUCAUUCCCGUCCGUCUCCGUUGAGUCACCGGACAGUGUUCAUGUUGUGCGGGCUGCCGUUCUCCGCCGCUCAUCUGUGUAAAUAUGACGGGAGAGAAGAUCCGCUCGGUGCGCAAAGAGCGCAAGUCGGGUUUGGAUCUACUGGAGCCGGACGAGGAGCCCGCGGCCACCGGGCCCGCCAAACACCGGGGCAGCAAGAUCUUCAGCGGCGGGAACCACAGGAUCAGCCGCUCCAGCUCCAGCCCCGGGGACCCUGACGGAGCCUAUCCCGUGCAUGAGUGCGUGUUCCGGGGCGACGUGAGGCGGCUGUCAUCGCUCAUCCGCACGCAGAACAUCGCGCAGAAGGACGUGCACGGAAACACUCCUCUUCAUCUGGCCGUCAUGAUGGGUCACAAAGAAUGUGCUCAUCUCCUGCUGGCCCAUAAUGCACCAGUGAAGGUGAAAAACGCUCAGGGAUGGAGUCCGCUCGCGGAGGCCAUCAGCUACGGAGACCGGCAGAUGAUCACAGCUCUGCUGCGCAAACUGAAACAGCAGUCCAGAGAGAGUGUGGAGGACAAGAGACCCCGACUGCUGAAAGCACUCAAAGAGCUUGGAGAUUUCUAUCUAGAGCUGCACUGGGACUUCCAGAGCUGGGUGCCUUUACUCUCCCGGAUUCUACCGUCUGACGCCUGCAAGAUCUACAAGCAGGGGAUCAACAUCCGUCUGGACACUACACUGAUAGACUUCACUGAUAUGAAGUGUCAGCGUGGAGAUCUGAGCUUCAUCUUCUGUGGAGACGCUCCUCCGUCAGAGUCCUUCGUGGUGCUGGACAAUGAGCAGAAGGUGUAUCAGCGCAUACAUCACGAGGAGUCAGAGAUGGAGACGGAGGAGGAGGUGGAUAUCCUGAUGAGCAGUGAUGUGUACUCCGCCACUCUCUCCACUAAAUCCAUCACCUUCUCGCGCGCUCAGACCGGCUGGCUCUUCAGAGAGGACAAAACGGAGCGCGUGGGGAAUUUCCUGGCUGAUUUCUACAUGGUGAACGGGCUGGUUCUGGAGUCGCGGAAGAGACGGGAACACCUGAGCGAGGAGGACAUCCUGAGGAACAAGGCCAUCAUGGAGAGCUUCAGCAAAGGAGGAAGCCUCAUCGAGCAGAACUUCGAGCCGAUGAGGCGGCAGUCUCUGACCCCUCCAUCACCCAACACUAUCUCCUGGGAGGAGUACAUCACUGCUGAGACCGGGAAAGCUCCUCAUCUGGGUCGAGAGCUGGUGUGUAAAGAGAGCAAGAAGAACUUUAAAGCCACAGUAGCCAUGAGCCAAGACUUCCCUCUGGGCAUCGAGUCGUUGUUGAAUGUGCUGGAGGUCAUCGCACCCUUCAAGCACUUUAAUAAGCUCAGAGAAUUCGUUCAGAUGAAACUCCCGCCUGGAUUUCCUGUCAAACUGGACAUCCCGGUUUUCCCCACCAUCACUGCCACCGUGACCUUUCAGGAGUUCCGUUACGAUGAAUUCGACGAAAGCAUUUUUACGAUUCCCAGCGACUACAAAGAGGAUCCCAGCCGCUUCCCAGACCUCUGAGCUGCUUCACGUCCCACCUUACCCCGCUGUCCCGUCUCCAUCUCGCCUCCAUCCCUCCGGUGACCAGCAGAUGGAGCCCGGCGCGUUUCACGUAGAAAAUACUUGAUGUAAUAUGGACAUAAAGGGAUUGCGUUGAAAACGGCGCGUAGGGAAGGGAAGGCCACUGCUGUCCGAAUAUACGGGACUCUCCUGCACUACAUGAUCAAGCUCUGUUCUGAGUUCUGCGCGAGAAAUCUCCGAUUGUGUGUCGGAGCUCAGGACAGUGCGGUACGUUAGAAACACGGCGGCUAGUCACUUCACGUCACCUGGCAGGAAAAUAUGGCAUUAUAAAUUAUUACAUAAGCCGCGUUUUCAUAUAUAUCUUUGUACAACUGUUACAAACUUGUAUACUUCACUUAAAAGCAAAGUGUAUAUUUAGGAACGAAGCGGAAGGCGUCUGUAUAUGAUUUGAAAUCUGUCGCAGAAUACUAUGUAAAUGUCAUUUCUACGAGUUUCUUUGCGCAACUUGUAAAUAUAUAACCUGCUCUGGUUCCUGUUUUUGUUGCAUUAUGGGCUCACUUUCUCCUUCACUGCAUUUCCGGUGCUUUAGUUCACCUGCUUUACUUUUCCUCACGUCCUAAUAACUAGCUGACGAUCUUACAGGGCCAGAUGUCGAUGUAGCAGAACAUGUUUUCGCCUGUAGAUUUGGUUUGGCUUUAUGAUAGAUGGAUGUAAAUACAUGCAAACUGAAACAUGUUUUCUCCAGUGUAGUAUAAUUGACAUGUAUAACUGACGAGUAUGUUUAUUGAGAUAUUAGUGUCAAAUGUUUCCGGAGACGUUGGGUAAAAGCCCUCAAGAUACGGCGACGGCUUAUUUCAUGAGUGUUUGAUCUGUUUUUGCUGUGUGCCGAGGGAAAAGGAGUUAGCGUCACGUUUGCACCAGCAAUAUCCCGUUGGAAAAGUACAGUUCCUCUUUUAUGUCUCUUGUGUUUUGGUUUUUCCUCUUCCGAAUGGAAACGAGCUGCAACUCUUCCAUCACCCACUACUGGCUAGUGUGGAGAACUCCUGUGUUUUGCUGUGUUUUUUAUUUUAUUUUUUAUUAUUAUUGUUUUUUGUUACCAGCUUCUUUUCCUGUGUUUGAUGUUACUGUUUUUAGCUUUAUGACUUCAGUACCCUUCAGACUUUCUCCCAGACGCAUUGAACUCCCUGACGUACAGCGGGAACCUUGUAUGAACCUGCUGCACUUUUACAUGACAAAUUGUAAUUAAUAAAAUGUCCACGUAUCACG